GAAACUGAACUGUACUUGUAUAAACUAUGACAUUACAAUCUGACAGCGGUGUUUCCCCUGUAAUCCAAGGAUGAAGGUAUUACCGAUACUCCUGCCUAUCGCGCUUUCCUCACAUGUUGGGGUAUUUGGGAUCAUUUCCAGAUGUACCCUGAAGAAGGAGGACAGUUUAAGCUUCCAGUGCCGCAAACAUCACGUCAUCUACGAUCCAGUAGUAUCGUUGGGUAAGAAUGACGCCCACCCCUGCGUCCCUGGCACCCAUGACUGUGCUGGACUGAGUUCGGAUCUCCGGAUGAUGCGGAGCAAGUGUUUCUGGAGAAGACGUUGUUCCGUCCAAUGGAAGACGAGUCAACCGCUGCCUUCAAUCCAGGGUAGAUGCAACGGCCAGACACCUACCUAUGUCGCGUAUGAUACUCCUAAAUGUAUUCUGAAAGCUAACGUGUUCAGUAUUUGCGACAAAAGUGGCCAUCUCUCCCAAGUCAACGAAGGCGUCAUCAGGAGCCAUGACCUGUUCCCGCGUAGGUUUCCUCGAAUGAGCAACACCACCUGCACCCAAAUUUUGAAAGCAAAGGAUGGACACCGGCUACACCUGUCAGUGGUCCAUCUCCAGUUGGACGUGGAGGACCGAUUGACCGUCCGUCACUACAGAGGCACCAAGAAACUGGAACUGAUAAACUCGCACAGUCUCAUGAACAAACAGCUUGAUGUUGAGGGAGAUCUGGAUAUAACGCUGGAAGCGUCAACCAAAGGGCUGACUGAAGAGGUUGGCUUCAUCAUCAGAUUUGAAUAUAUAAAGGGACUUUACAUUUGCCAAGUUCAAGACGGUUUAUUCUGUCAAAUGAAGUCAUAACCAAAGGACUACGAAAACCCAGAUUAAAAUAUGUUGCUUCAGUGGAUGAACGGAUAAUCAGGUCCAACUCCCCGAUGACCUUCCAAUGUCCCCCCUUCCACGUCCUCUACAAGCCCGUCGUCAUGGCCGGGGUCAACACCUUCAAAGGACGCGUCAUGUCGACUUCCAGGGAUUGCCAUGGGCAGUACACGGGGUUAAUCACAGAGACCAACAGAUGCUAUUGGAAGGAGCAGUGUGAGAUUGGCAGACGAUCCAGCAUGCCCUUGACAAGAACAUAUGAGCUGCGGUGCCUUGCGCUGAUGCCUGACUACUUGUCUUCAAAGGGUUAUCAGUGUCUUGACAAAGCUAAGGUAUUCGACAUGUGUGACAAAACGUCGGUCAUCACCACAACAGAAGGUCUGAUCAAGAGUCACUCCAACUUCCCCUGGCACUACACAGCACGGCCAAUAGUAUGCCGGAAGAAAAUCCGCAUCAACCCGAAAUAUGGCCUUCAUCUUUACACAGACGAAAUGGACCUUGACCCGUCAACAAGGGGAGAUAACCUCAAAAUAUUUCUUUCUCGGCCAAAGACGAAAUAUUCCAAAAAAUACGUCGGGGGACGAAGAGUCAAUCUCCACAUUUCGUCAGGAAUUGUUGUAGUCCAGUUCAGAGUGUCCAGGCGGUCAAAAGGUGGAAAGGGAUUCAUUUUGCGAUUUAAGGGCAUUGUCCAGCCACACAUUGACGUAAACGAGGAGGACGCUAUGACCAACGAGGUGCCUAAUGUUGAGAUCAAACCAAGAUGCAAGAACAAAGACAUAAGAACCAUUUUGUACGAAGUAAGUGGGAAGAUAGUUGCCUCGCGAACUGGAUGUGUCAGGAACAGAAGCUCGAAACAUGUGAGAGGAAGUCUGUCACGGAAAAGGAAACAAUCAUUAUCAAACAGAUCACUUCGACUUCGACGUCCGCGUGAUAGUCACCGAAGACGGCGUCCUUGACCGAACAGUAUCGUUAUCAUGACAUCCAAAAUUAGACAUGUUUUUCUAAAGUUGGAUGACGCUAACACCCUGCCAUUGCAGACAAGAGAAGAUUCUCAUAACUCUGCUCAAAGUUACCAUUGAAUGGUUUUGAAGUUGUCACUUGGUAGAGCUAAAGAGGCAGUGGCGCCCACGUCGUCAAAGUAAUGGCGUCUUCACCGUGUACUUCGUUCUGUACUUCCGGUGCUAUAUGUGUCUGCUUUUCAUUUCUUGUCGAGCCGUUUCCUGAACACCAGGAAG